AUGUUGGACCCAAAGGACUGUGGGGUGACAAUGACGUCCGCUCACAAGAUUUCCUUUUCAAUUAUUGAUAUUUUGGAUCCCGAAAAAUUCAACAGCAAAAGGGUGAACGAACUUUCUAUCGCGAAGGAGAAGUUUUGUGUGCCGAAUGCGGAGGGAGAAAGUGUGGAGCCGGAUAGAGGUACAGGCGAGGACUUCAGAGCUGAGCGCACGAUAACAGGUAAUUAAAGAUGACAAUUUCAGAAAACCAAAAAAACAUAUUUUUAAGUGUAUCAUAUCCUUUUUAAAAUUUUUGAUUUGUUGACAAAUCCGUUUCGUGUAUCGCCACAACCAAACGCUGGAAAAAAGGAGCAUGAAUAAAAAUAGAAGUGUUUACUGUGAAAUCGUAUUAUACAAACUUUCUUCCAUGGGUCUCAACAGCAGUAAGAAAGAUGCUGUUUUCUAUCAGAUUUAUUGUCAUCUCUGUAUGACCUUCCUUUAAUUUCCAAGGCUGCGUUUCCUUUCAAGAAAGCCACAAAGGCUUCUACUCCCAGAGCCCCGGUGUGUGAUUGGCACAGGGACAGGCAGGCCAGAUAAUUGUUUAAAUCGUCCCAUUGAGGAUGCCUCCGCGCGCUUUGAUCGAUAUCCCAUUACUGCAUCCUGCAUAUCUCCCUCCAGCACCUUGCAGGUACAAACUUCACACCCCAUCCAUGUCUGAUCCUAAAUAUCGCUCGAUUAAAACUUCCCUUUAAAUAGAUGACAUUUAUCGACCCACCCGCAAAUAUGAAACUCCAUUAGCACGUCACGGCUGAGGUGGCGGAGCUGGAUUUAGACGGGAUUUCUUUUCCGCAACAUGACAUUUGAGGCGCUGUGUGGUUUAUAAAUUAUUUAAGGAUUAGUGACCGAGUCUCUCCUCUCUGCCCGGAAUCUAUGCUCCGAUUCGCUCCAGCGACCUCAGGAUCCAAAUCAAACACUUUACAGAUGUCAACUCCGGGCCUCUUGUGUUUGGUAUUUAAACUGCUGCUCCAACAGGACAGGGGGAACAGCAGGGAACAAUGGGAAGACAUUUGUUAGGCAGGUGUGAUUUCAGAUUUGAGGAGUGACACUUGACUUGUGUCUUGUCAGGAGCUGUCCUUUCAGCACUACUGACACAUGAGCCAGACAUUUUAGGCCAUUAGGGGGAAGAAUUACAUAUCUAGAGUCCUUAUAUACACAUCUCAUCUCCUUAGAUAUUAAGUGAAUUCAUAACUUUUUUUGGAACAAAGACUGCUUGAUGCAAACAUUUUCUUUUUUUUUCCUUUACCAUCUUCAGAAAAUGUCUUGCCUGUGAAACACCAACUGAAAAAAUAUAUGAAGGCCUAAUUCUCAGCCUCAAAUUGUUGAUAGGUAUCUGAUCCAUUUACUCUUUAGUAGGGCCCGACUGAUUUAUCGGUGAAUUUUAGCCUGUUUGAGACUAAUUGGUAAUCGGCCAAAACUCGCUGAUUUUUGCCGAUAUUUUCAGAAAUAAAAUGCGGAGAAUAAGAUUCGGUUUUAUGUCGAAAAUGUUCCGCCAGUUGAAAAGUUCCUUGACUUAUCCUGUAGAUGGCGCAGCGACCUCAUGACAAUCUUCAUCCAUGAACUACCCCACAGCACAGCAGAGUGACAGAUCUAAAGCAGGCAGCUCAGGAACGCACGGAGGAGAGUGGUCUGCCUCAACGGUAAAUAAACCAGUUUGUGAAGUAGACAAUAAGUCAAGUUUCAGUUCAACUCCCUUCACGAUGUUCCCCGCUGUGCUGGUCUCGGUCACGCCGAGUAAACAGUGAAGCACCAUGUAAUACGCAAGCUAAAGUUAGAGUUAGCCACCUGCUAUUAGCCUUGCUACACUGUUAGCCGUGUAGAAUAAACAACAGUACACAUGGCGUGAUCAAGCUACUUCUAACUGAGGCAGCUGCAUGUCUCCAGAUGAGACCGGACUGGAAAUGAGUAACGAGAGUUAAGACGCGGAGGCACCGAUUGGCGGGGUGAGGUGGGGUGGGGGUAGGUGAAAACACUUUCCUGGUCCGAGUUUGAUCUGUCUGUCUUUCUGCCGGCUUGAAGAGCAGUAGCCUACAGUAUAUCUACAGUAUAAAGUAUACUGUAGAUAUUUACCGUAUAUGUAAUUUUUAGAACUUAAUAAAAAAUUGUAAAAAUCGGCAGAUUAAUCGGUAAUCGGAUUUUUUCCCGCCCUAACAAUCGGUAUCGGCCCCAAAAAAUCCAUAUCGGUCGGGCCCUACUCUUUAGUUGGAAAAUAAUCCUAAACGUGUCUUAAAUCUAAGCAUCCAUGCUGAUAAUGUUUUCUUUUAUUUACAGGUAAAGACAAGGAGAGAGAGUCCCCUCCAGCUUCCAGACACCACGCAGUUGUCAAUGACUCCUGUCUUCUCUCCCCACAAGCUGAGGACCAAGAGUCCUUUCCCCCCAAAGAGGGGCAGGAUGAUGCAGAGCCAGCUGUUACGUUGCAGGAUUCCUCACCUCACAAACGCAGACGACAGGACCAGGCCUGCACCAAACCUCGGCGUGCCAGAACCGCCUUCACUUAUGAGCAACUUGUGGCUCUGGAGAACAAAUUUCGUACAACGCGUUACCUGUCUGUGUGUGAGAGACUCAACUUGGCUCUGUCUUUGAGUCUCACUGAGACGCAGGUGAAAAUCUGGUUUCAGAACAGGAGGACCAAGUGGAAAAAGCAGAACCCAGGCGCAGACAGCACCUUGCAGCCAGGUGGGUCCAACCCUCUGGUUAAUGUGAGUCCAAACCCGCCCACGUGUGGCUCAAGCCCGGCAGGCUUCCACCAAACUUUCCCCAACUUCAACUCUGGGAAUGUGAUCUUCCACACAGCCGGUGCAGUCCCACUUUCAACCACUGGAGGGCUCUUGCAUCCCUUCAUGUCCAGUGGUUUUGUUCAGCACACUUAUUUUUAA